UACAAUGACUUCGAGACGGUUUACAGAGAAUCAAGAAAUCAUUCUGGAUGAUUCAAAACAAAGCCUUAGUAAAGAUGGAUCACUAAUUAUACAGAAUCCGCAUUUGAAAAGUUUAUCGUCCGACAACUUAUAUCACUUGGCAAUUGGUACAGAGACCCAUGACCUGCCGGCGCUGUUUGGGGAUGUCAAGUUUGUAUGUGUGGGCGGAACUCUCAAACGCAUGAAGUCCUUCGCACAAUAUAUGGCCAAUCAAUUGAACAUUGAGUUUGACCACAAAGACUGGACACAAGCGUCUCAUCGAUACAACAUGUUUAAGAUCGGACCCGUCCUUUCCGUUACGCAUGGAAUGGGUAUCUCUUCGCUGUCGAUAUUACUUCACGAACUCAUAAAACUCGUAUAUUAUGCCAAAUGCACCAAUGUUAUAUUUCUUAGAAUAGGAACUUGUGGUGGAAUAGGCGUAGACCAGGGCACCGUUAUCAUCACCGAGAAGGCAGUGGAUGGUCUCCUGAGACCCUUCUAUGAACUGUAUAUAUUGGGGAAAGUGGUUCAGCGGCCAUCGAUAUGCGACAACGAAUUGGUGUCUGAAUUGAAGUCAAUAGCGGCUCAAGAGAUAAGUGGGUUCCGUGUGGUGAGUGGCACCACAUUGUGUGCCCUCGACUUCUAUGAAUCGCAGGCACGACUCGACGGCGCGUUUUGCAAUAUUACCGAAGAGGAGAAAAAUAAUUACUUAUACCAAUUACAAGAUGCAGGUGUU